CUUCUCUCUCUCUCUCCCUGAUCUAUUUCCCUCUCUCUCUCUCUCUCUCCCUCUCUCUUCCUAACUCAAACCUAGCUCCUUGAUCAUUUUGUCUACUUCUUCUCUUCAUUGAAGUACUUUUCUUCUUUAAACUAGUAAAAUUUUCUCAUCAGCACCAGUGAUUUGCUAUCAUGGAUUCUAUGGAGUCAUGUGUCCCACCAGGGUUUCGUUUCCACCCAACUGAUGAAGAACUUGUUGGUUAUUAUCUCAGAAAGAAAAUUGCUUCUCAGAAAAUUGACCUUGAUGUUAUCAGAGAGAUCGAUCUUUAUCGUAUUGAACCAUGGGAUCUUCAAGAGAGAUGCAGGAUCGGGUAUGAAGAGCAGAAUGAGUGGUAUUUUUUCAGCCAUAAAGAUAAAAAGUAUCCAACAGGGACAAGAACCAACAGAGCUACCAUGGCUGGGUUUUGGAAAGCUACAGGAAGAGAUAAAGCAGUUUAUGAUAAGAUGAAACUAAUUGGGAUGAGGAAGACCCUUGUUUUCUACAAAGGAAGAGCCCCUAAUGGACAGAAAUCUGAUUGGAUCAUGCAUGAAUAUAGGCUUGAAUCUGAUGAAAAUGGACCUCCACAGGAGGAAGGAUGGGUAGUGUGUAGAGCAUUUAAGAAAAGAACAACAAAUAGCCAAAGUACAAAAAGUACUAUUGAAGGAUGGGACACAAGCUACUUCUAUGAAGAAGCUGCAAGUAGGGUCAACAAUUCCAUGGUGGAUCCAAUUGAUCAGAUAAUUUCAAGGCAACCUCAAAGCUAUUUAUCCCAAAGUUAUAACAUGUGUAAGCUAGAGAUAGAAGCAUGCAUGCAUGCAGAACAAUUUUUGCAGCUUCCUCAGCUUGAAAGUCCUUCAUUGCCAUUAGUAAAGAGGCCAAGCACAAUGUCUCUAGUAUCUGACAAUAAUAACGAUGACAUUAACGACCAAAACAGGUUGCUAUUAUUAUCGAACAACAACGAUAAUGUUACUACAAAUACAGUUACUGAUUGGAGAGCUCUUGAUAAGUUUGUGGCUUCUCAACUGAGUCACGAAGUUGAAACUGAUCAAGGAGUGUUGUUGUCAAGUUUUGGAACAAAUAAUAAUCCUAGCUCGGACAUGGCAUUGAUGUUACUGCAGCAGGGUAAUAGAGAUGAAGAGAACAAGUUAAGUCCAUUUUUGAAUGCAAGUUCAGAUUGCAGUGAUAUUGGGAUAUGCGUAUUUGAAAAAUGAAGCAAGAAGAAAUUAAUAACCAUUUUAUUUGUACUAGUAUUAGUAGUAUAGUACUAUAUAAUAUAAAUGUUCCAUGGAUAUAUAUUAUAUAUGUUGAGAUGAGACAUAUUAUAUAUUUUUGUAAAAAUAUGUGUGGAAGAAUUAAAUUUUCUCUGCCCUUAUGAAUGAGUGCAAA